GGCAGAGUCAAUCCUCUCUCUCUCUAUCUCUUUCUUUCUCCCUGUCUCUUUCUCUCUCUCUCUCUCUCUCUCUCUCUCUCUCUCUCUCUCUAUCUCUCUCUCUCUCCCUCUCUCUCUCUUUCAUGUCUCCUUCCUUUCUCUCUUAUCCUCCCCUCACUCUCUCUUCUCCAGACCCACUGCCUCAGUUUCAUCUUGUGGAUAUACUGUCUAAGGACGGAGGAGAGGAGAAAAGGAUUGGAGAGAAAGUAUCUGCUGAAUGGGCAUAUGGAAGACCAAGAGACUGAGCUGCCGAUGGACCCAGAAAUAUGCUUCGAUCCGCUGUUCAUCGACGAGGAAGAUAAGAAUGGGGACGAUGGUGUUGAAGCGGAGACAGGCGCUUCAUUCCAGCCUCUACUGGGAGUUAUCGGUACAGACACAGUCCUGACGGGCUCAGCUCACAGUCAGUCCUCCCUAUCGGAUACCUGCAGAGAGACACACCUGGAUGAGACACGAGCCCAGUUCAAGGACAUGGACACCAUGUUUAGAAGUCGUGUCGGAGAAACGACAGACUCGUUUGGGUCUCACCUGUCGACGACGGCCCAAAUUAACACACACCUUAGUGGGGUAGGACAGAUUCAGCCACACCGUAGUGGGGUAGGAGAGAUUCAGCCACACCUUAGUGGGUUAGGACAGAUUCAGCCACACCUUAGUGGGGUAGGAGAGAUUCAGCCACACCUUAGUGGGUUAGGACAGAUUCAGCCACACCUUAGUGGGGUAGGAGAGAUUCAGCAACACCUUAGUGGGUUAGGACAGAUUCAGCCACACCUUAGUGGGGUAGGAGAGAUUCAGCCACACCUUAGUGGGGUAGGACAGAUUCAACCACACCUUAGUGGGGUAGGAGAGAUUCAGCCACACCUUAGUGGGUUAGGACAGAUUCAGCCACACCUUAGUGGGGUAGGAGAGAUUCAACCACACCUUAGUGGGUUAGGACAGAUUCAGCCACACCUUAGUGGGGUAGGAGAGAUUCAGCCACACCUUAGUGGGUUAGGACAGAUUCAGCCACACCUUAGUGGGGUAGGAGAGAUUCAGCCACACCUUAGUGGGUUAGGACAGAUUCAACCACACCUUAGUGGGGUAGGACAGAUUCAGCCACACCUUAGUGGGUUAGGACAGAUUCAGCCACACCUUAGUGGGGUAGGAGAGAUUCAGCCACACCUUAGUGGGUUAGGACAGAUUCAGCCACACCUUAGUGGGGUAGGAGAGAUUCAGCCACACCUUAGUGGGUUAGGACAGAUUCAACCACACCUUAGUGGGGUAGGACAGAUUCAACCACACCUUAGUGGGGUAGGACAGAUUCAACCACACCUUAGUGGGGUAGGACAGAUUCAACCACACCUGAGGGAGAUGGAUGACCUAUUGAAGAGUUGUGAGGACAUGACAGGUGUCUCCAUCACCUCCUGCCUGUCCACCAUGUACACAGACACACACCUGUCUGGACCAGCUCAGAACCAGAACCAGUCAGACAUACAGAAGAUGGUUGCUAUGAUGGGGAGCUGUGGUGGUAAUGACCGUCACACAGGUGCCUCCAUCCUGACCUACACAGACACACACGUGGAGGAGUCUAGGAACCAGUGCCAAAGUCACCUGAAGGAGGUGGAAUCCAUUUUGGAUCAGAGUGGAGCCAAAGGAGCCGCUGUCCAGCCUCAGUUGCCUCCCCUUACCUCUGCAGGCACUCAGCUGAGUGGCACUAUGGCUGAGUAUCAGACAGAGCUAAUGGCGAUGCUGGCCAUGUUAGAGAACUGUAUGGAGGAGGCAGGGAUUACCUUUGACCCUUUAGAGUGGACUUACCCUAGUUUACCCAAAGGAUACGGCCAACACAACACCAACAUGAAAAAGGUAACACAAGACAGACACACGGAGAGAGGAGUAGCAACACAAGGACACAAGGAGAGAGGAGUAGCAACACAAGGACACAAGGAGAGAGGAGUAGCAACACAAGGACACAUGGAGUCUGUGGGAUGUGUGGAUAUGAAGCAAUAUUUGGGAAGUACCUUUGGCCGAUUUGAGCCCCCAAGCUAUCAAGCUAUCUCCACAGAGAGACACUCGGAUGGGUCAGGAGACUGUGGAGAUACACACACUACAGGGUCCAUGUCCACGGUGGUGUGUGACGAGGACACAGAAGGACAUGUCUCCGGCGUUUCUGUGGGGGACACAGAGGCUCACAUUAUCUGGGGUCAACAACUAGAGACAGGGCUGGGAGGGGUGGAGGAGUUGGAGGUGUUGGGUACUGUGCUAGAAGGGUGCAUCGAGGAGGUGGAGAAACUGGAGAAGAGACGGAAUGAACUGAUGGGAGAGCUGCAGGUACUGAGAGAGGAGAAGACGGGGACAGAGGAAGGGAGUGAAGGAGGGCAGGCGGCACAGUUAAGCCAGGUGCUGAAUAUUGAGGCAGACGGGAGGAGGGAGGCGCGGAUGAGGGAGUGGCAGUCUUUGAGGGCUGAGAGGAGUGAGGAGCAGAGGAGGCUGUCCAGUGUGCGUCUGGAGAGGCAGGGUCUUCAGGAGGAGAUGAGGAGGCUGAAGAGGAGGCUGUUCUCUGUCGCCAGGGAGUGUGCUCACAACCAGGUCACCCUGGCAACCCAGCAGCGUGAUGUUGCCCAGCUAAACAAAGAACAGCUGGAACUUGACGCACUGAUCGUCAAGCUGACUGAGGAGGUGUCUCAGCUUCGCUCCACCCACCAGUCCCAGCUCUCCACUCUGCAGUCCCAGCUCUCCACUCUGCAGUCCCAGCUCCAGACCCACAGCCAGACACCCAACCCCAUAGAGGAGAUGUCCCAGAGCAAGAGGUACUCCUGUGGGGAGUUACAGCAGUACCUGCAGGGGGGGCUCAAAGCCCUGGAGGAAAGGUAUGAGCCAAUGCUGCUGGCCCUGUUGAAGCGGAGGGAGGGGACGUCGGAGGCCCUGGUGAAGGCCAGGCAGCAGGCCCAGGAGCUGAGGGCCCGCCGGGGGCCCCUGAGGGAGGAGGGACAGCGGCUGGGGCUGCAGAGAGCCUGCCUGGAAGAGAGACUCAAACUGACAGAGACACACAGGAGAGAGGAUGUAGAGCAGUAUAGGGAGACAGUAGACAGGCUGGAGGAGACUAGCAGAGAGCAGAAGAUGGAACUGCAAAUUCAGAAGAGGAAAACCAAGGAGAUGGAGGAACUGAGAGACAGUCUUACGAAAGAAGUCUACCUGUACAGAGGCAUCGUCGAGGACCAUAACAAGAAUGAUCUAACCAGUGUGAGGGAGGAAACAUGACCCCUGGGACUAAUAGAAGUCAAAUGUAAUCUGAGUGUACAUAUCAUUAAGAACACCUUCCUGUUAUCGCAUUGCAGUUCUUGACACAAACCAGUGCGCCUGGCACCUACUACCACACUCUGUUCAAAGGCAGUUACUACCACACCCUGUUCAAAGGCAGUUACUACCACACUCUGUUCAAAGGCAGUUACUACCACACUCUGUUCAAAGGCAGUUACUACCACACCCUGUUCAAAGGGAGUUACUACCACACUCUGUUCAAAGGCACCUACUACCACACUCUGUUCAAAGGCAGUUACUACCACACUCUGUUCAAAGGCAGUUACUACCACACUCUGUUCAAAGGCAGUUACUACCACACCCUGUUCAAAGGCAGUUACUACCACACUCUGUUCAAAGGCAGUUACUACCACACUCUGUUCAAAGGCAGUUACACAUGUUGCCUUGUCCAUUCACACUCUGAAUGGCAACACAGACACAAUCCAUGUCUCAACUGUCUCAAGGCUUAAAACUCCUUAAAACUUCAACCUGUCUCCUCUUCUUCAUCGACACUGAUUGAAGUGGAUUUAACAAGUAACAUCAAUAAGGAAUCAUAUCUUUCACCUGGAUUCACCUGGUCAGUUAAUGUCAUGGAAAGAGCAGGUGUUCUUAAUGUUUUGUCCACUCAGUGUAAAGAGCAGGUGUGCCUAAUGUUUUGUCCACUCAGUGUAAAGAGCAGGUGUUCCUAAUGUUUUGUCCACUCAGUGUAAAGAACAGGUGUGCCUAAUGUUUUGUCCACUCAGUGUAAAGAGCAGGUGUUCUUAAUGUUUUGUCCACUCAGUGUAAAGAGCAGGUGUGCCUAAUGUUUUGUCCACUCAGUGUAAAGAGCAGGUGUUCCUAAUGUUUUGUCCACUCAGUGUAAGUCAGUUUUCGGUAACGAGACGGACUACCCUUUGUCUGUACACAGUCACUUCUAUUAUAACCUUCUUUACAAAUAGACUUUUCAGAUCCAUGUGUGAGUAUCAUCUGUAACGAUAAGAGAUAAGAGAGAGACAUAAAUAAAUGUAAAAAAAAAUUUUUAAACAAGUGAAAGAGAAAGAUGUCUGUUUCGGACACUGGCAGCUGAAACCUGAGUUACCAAUCAGGUUUGGAAAGCGGUCUCUUAAAACACCAAACUCUCAACAACAUCAGUAUCGUUCUAUAUUUAGACAUUGUUAAACAUCUGCAGAGCAGAAGGUUCUGGAACAGUCUGAAGAUAGAUGUGAUUUUUGUAUUCUUUAUAGAGAGCAUUGCGGUCAUGAAUAAUAAAAAAAAGGGUGUUGUGUUCUUUUAAAC